AGCACCUAAAGAAUUUACCGUGGAAAUGUGCUUUAUGGUGGGCAGAAAAUAUGCGAGCGCGUUUAAUAACACACUGGAUCUCAUUGAGUACAUUGCUGCAAUGCAAAACUGGGUGGCACUGCGAUACAUUGACAUGCAAUUUCCCAAGAUAUUGUUUCAAGUCAACGAAAUCAAGGUGGUUGAGGAAUCACUACUGCUCGGAAAGAAUAUUUGUGACAAAGCCACCAAUGCACUUGAGGACGGCGAAGGCACCACUGUCUGCGGUUUUGAUGUUGAAGAAUCAUUCGACAAGACCACCAAAUAUGUUAACGCAUGUGGCACCGCAAGCUGUGACAUUGUUUACCUCCUGAUCAGUGAAGAAUUGACUUUUAUGGACAAUGGUACUCUUAAUACUGCAGUCCAAGGUAUGGCCACCACCGGUGGAGUUUGCACAACGAAUAAAGUCUGCAUUGGAGAAGACCAACCGCCCAAGUACACUGGACUCGUAACAGUGGCACAUGAAAUUGGGCAUUCACUAGGAAGCGAGCAUGAUGGAUGUCCAGGUGCCGAGGAUUGUCCAGCGGUAUACGGAAACCUAAUGACCGGCAUAUACAGAGGCAUGCAAAACAAGUCGAGGCUUUCGAAUUGCAGCCAAGAACAGAUACGUCGUAGAGUCAACGAACUACCACCGUCAUGUAUACACGUCAACACAACAGCAAAUUUCACGAACAACUUCUAUCCAGGAGAGAACCUCACUCACGUGGCCUUUUGUAAGCUGAUGCACCCUGAGGAGGAAGAUGUAGAGGCUUCCACGGAGGAUAUGCAAGAAUGUGAUAUUCAAUGUUGCUGGAAUGUGACCCUAACCUUUGAAGAUGGAGACAGUUCCAGUGAUUCCGAGGUUCGCGAUGGUGCGGAGACGAGCACUGAAUAUGACUACCCAUAUAGCGACGGAGCAAAUACUCUUUGUUCACUUUACAGCAUGCUAGAUGGAAUGUCGUGUGACGCAAAUAAGACGUGCUUACGAGGCUUUUGCGGAAAUCAUAACUGGACUGAGAUAAAGCGCCUUCAUGGCACUCUACGGGCGUUUCUGGACAUUUUGUGAUGUGGCCGAGUUACAUACGCCAUUUUAAUUGCUUAUUAGAAAACAGUAAAACCUUGGCCACUUCAACGGUGGAAAAUGCGUUCUUAUAGCGGGAAGUUUAUUCCUCCAGAGGCGUGUGAUACCCAAUUCGGAACGAUAACUAAUCAAUCUUGUUUCGAACGGAAGAGCGUUAUUUCAGCAUU